CAGGGCGUACGCUUUUCCGUGACAGGAAGUCCAACAACGCGGAGCGGAUCUCUCCAUGGUCUUCUCGAACGGUUUGUCAAAUCAUCGCCUGGCAUCACUUGAAAAGACCAAUCCGAGGCCUCUCCGCAUUGUCGCGCUCCUUGAGAAGGAGAGAGAGACGGAAAGCGUAAAUUGCCUUGUUUUUUAUCUAUCGAUCAUAAAAUACGAACGAAUCAAGCGAUGAGUCCCGUUCCUUUGUGUUGGUGUCAAGAUAACGAUAUAUUGCAUUCCGCUGGAAGAUAUUUUUGUACUCCGCUACCCCUUUAAUGUUUUAAAAUAUAACCAUGAUACAAAAUAUGCGCUUAAAAAUCUGUACAGCUGUACUAAGUAAUAAUAAUGAAGAAAGCCCGAUUGUUCCAGAGUAAUUGAGAAGCGUAGGCGGCCCUUAAUGAGCAGUCUGCGGGAUCAUAGUGUUCGUGGGCUCUACUGUAUGAGAUAAAAGAUAAAAGACCAUAAAGUUUCAAUCGGGGACGUCUUAUAAAGCCGGUCAUUGUAUCUGUUUCCUAAUUACGCUUGUGUUUUAUUUGAUGACACAAAACAAAAAGGACUUCUUUUAAAAAAAUUCUCAAUCUUCACUUUCUGCUAUAUUCCGCCUCCUUUGGGUCGUAGCAACACGCUGCUAUUUCGCUGAAUGCGUCCUUGCUGUGGUACUGACGAAUCCCCGCAAUGUUGGGGUUCCUUCUGGUGAUCGCAUUCGGCGUUUCCGGCGCACAGGCUCAGCCACGCGCUGCAGUGGGCCGACAGGGCACGACGACAAUGGUACCACCUAUGACUUCAGAUACUACAGUUGGCCAACAGGUCAUGACGACAAUGCUACCACCUAUGACUUCAGGCACUCCAGCUAGCCAACAGGUCACGACGACAAUGCUACCACCUAUGAUUCCAGGCACUCCAGCUAACCAACAGGUCACGACGACAAUGAUGCCACCUAUGAUUCCAGGCACUCCAGCUAACCAACAGGUCACGACGACAAUGCAGCCACCUAUGAUUCCAGGCACUCCAGCUAACCAACAGGUCACGACGACAAUGAUGCCACCUAUGAUUCCAGGCACUCCAGCUAACCAACAGGUCACGACGACAAUGAGGCCACCUAUGAUUCCAGGCACUCCAGCUAACCAACAGGUCACGACGACAAUGAGGCCACCUAUGAUUCCAGGCACUCCAGCUAACCAACAAAUCCCGACGAUGCUACCACCUAUAACUUCAGCUGACACGAUGUACAUGCCGCAUUACAUCAGGAACGGCACACCAGUGACGAAAAUAACUUUUUGCUGGGAGGCCGGCUACGAAUGCCUGCCCAAGGUUAAGUGCAAGAACUACAUGUUCCGUACCUUCCACUUCGCAUGUGGUCCGCAUUAUACCUGCUGCAAUGCACUUGGAGUGAACAGCUGUCUCAUGCGUCCUGGAGUUUGCGUCAAGGACCCUUAUAUAGGAAAUUGGCAAUGUCGCUUCAAGUACAAAGCGUACGAUUGCAACCACUGGGAAACCUGCUGCGCAAAUGCAGACUUUCCUUAAGGGACGUUUCUGUUGACAGCCUUGGAUCAACACUUGUUGCGUGUAAGCCCAGCACAAAUUAUACAUAUGACAGAUGUUUCAUUUGCUAGCAAAAUUGCGGCAAACUCCCGCGGAGUAGUAUUGAGGCAACUUAAGGUAAAAAAAAGGGUGCCCGAGUGAUAGUUUCUUCUGUGUGCACAGCGGGAGCUACUAUUCGGGCACCCUAAUAAAAACGUAUCGAAGCGACGUCUGGUGGCACAUGAUCCCUCAAAAGGGAAGAGCCAAACCUAAACCAGUUCCUCAAGCAACGCUGAUCUAUUCGACCGACUGACUUCCAGCUCCUGGUGGCUACGGAGCCGACACAUAGCAAACUCCUAUCAUUUAGACCCGCGGUGUUGUCCAUGUGCAAUGUAGCCAUGCCGCCAUACUCGACCAGUGGUGCGCAGUUAGGGAAUUACUUCGAUACAAUGGUGUCCGUAAAUUUCAACCUGAACUUUCUGAAGCAGCUAGACGCGCAUUUGUGACGAAAAUCGUUAGCGUAGCAGUACUGAGGGCUCGAGCUAUCGAAUAAAUACAUUUCCUGAGAGUUUUAUCUCUACCAGUUUACGGUACCCUUUGUGCUUUUCUUUUUUCUUUUUUAUGAAAAUAAAAGACCAUGCUGUCGA